CAAAAUAAUGGCGAAGAAGUUGAUUGAGCGAGUUUGAAAACAAUCGAACUAAACUGAGAAUACAGGUAUCAUGGCAACUCAAAAGCCCGGUGAAUGGGUACAGUCGUUAAUAACAAGGUUUGAUGCACAGUUGCCGAUUCGUACUGGGCUCCACACCAGUCAGUCCAUACAGAAUGUAGAACAGAACAAAGAGUGUCUGAUCAACGUCAGCAAACACAAAUUCUCCAUUGUUCUCUCUGGACUCACAAAGACCCUACAGCUUGUUGAUUCCAUGAGAAUAUAUGGAGCUGAAGCAGAGAGAAACUUCUACGAGUCUCAGCUGAUCAUAUUGGAUACGCUGGAACAAUGUCUCAAUGGGCAACCGAAGCCUUCGAGAUUUGAUGAGACUAUGUACGUAAAGUUGCUUCUUCCAGAGAUAUGUAAGUUCUUGAAACCACCUACAGGAUGUGAGGACAACCAACUAGUCAGCCAGUUGAAAUUGUUGGCAUCAAAGGUGCUGUUCGCCCUCAGUCUCAACAACUUUACGGCUGUCUUCAACAGAAUAUCUGGAAGACUACACACACUAGCCACAUCUACAGAGGACUAUAGUGAUUUCACAGAUCUUGAGUUAAUACAACACAUUAAUGUCGACUGUGCAAGACUCAUCAAGCUUUUCAAUGAAAUUGCAGUAAAGUACAAGGCUAUUCUUAGGAAGAAUGUUGCCCAAACCCUGGCUACAAGUCUAGAAAAGGCAAUCUGGAAUUGGAUGGACAACCACCCUGAAGAGUUUACAGAACUGCAGAAACGUCCCAAUGAUGAGCUCCAGGACUGCUGUGAUAAGUUACUGGAUAUCUUCCAUAUGUUCGCUGAAACUUCCAAAAGAAAAGCACAUGUUUGGCCGUUACAAAUUAUGCUCUUAGUGUUAUGCCCAAACAUUCUAGAAGAAAUAACAAAUGCUGACAGUGGUGCUCCCUGUUCCCAACAGCACCUCAAAAAGAAACAAUUUAUAGAUGAUUUAAAACGUGCAAUAUCCCAACAACAUGGCGGUAAUAAACAGCUGACAGAGGGGGCUGUUGUGACAUGCGUUAAACUCUGCAAGGCCUCGACGUACAUUAACAUCAAUGACAGAAACAACGUUCUCUUUAUCUUGGUCACCUCAAUCAUAGCCGAUCUGAAGACUUCACUAUUCAAUCCACAGAAGGUGUUCUCGAGAGGGCAACAGAAUAUCGGGCAGGAUGUGGAUCUCAUGAUCGACUGUUUUGUAUCAUGUUUCCGCAUAACUCCCCACAACAAAGACUUGUUAAAGAUCUGCCUCGCACAGAGUAGCCCUUCUACACUCCACUAUGUUCUAGUCAAUGCAUUGCAUAGGAUUAUCACACAGCCUCGUCUGCCAUGGUGGCCCAAUAUUGGUAUCAUACAUGGCAAGUCUGCUGAGCUGAGAGGCAUGUUCACUGAUACCCUGAAUAAAGUCACACAAUAUACUCAUUCCUCCGUGAAAAUUGCCCAAACCAAGUCAAUUGCAGCCAUGACAGGGUUCAGUAAGUUUAAGGAAAAAUCAAGUGAGGAACUUCCCAGUUACAAGUACCUUCUCUUUGGUAUUGUGCGUCUCAUUUAUGCUGAUCCCAUUCUUAUGCUGAAUAAUCCAGGAAAAGCAGGUCAUGAAAUCCAGAGCAGUACGCUAGAGUUGAUCAAUGGGCUUGUGUCUCUUAUACACCAGCAGUCAAUGCCAGAUGUGGCACAGGAAGCCAUGGAGGCGCUGUUGUGUCUCCAUCAACCAUCAAACAUUGAGCUUUGGAAUCCAGAGGCUCCUAUCAACACAUUCUGGGAUGUUAGCUCCCAAGUGUUGUUCUCAAUCUCACAAAAGUUGAUCCAGCACCAGAUCGCCAACUACACGGAGAUUCUCAAAUGGCUACAAAAUAUUCUGAUUUGCCGUAACAACUUCCUGACGAAGCACAAGGAGUAUGCCAAUGUCGGGAGUAAUCUUCCAAUUUGCAGACAGGCUCAUAUUAAGCUAGAGGUUGUAUUCUUCAUGUACCUUUGGAGUAUUGAUAUAGACGCAGUUUUGACGGCAAUGUCGUGCUUCCAUUUACUAUGUGAAGAGGCAGACAUUCGCUGCGGAGCGGAUGAAAUGGCCGUCACCCAGCUCCUUCCCAACUAUAACGUCUACUCUGAGUUGGCAAAUGCUAGUACUGUGCUAACAACAGGAAGAGCAGCUUUACAGAAAAGGAUCAUGGCGCUGUUACGUAAGAUUGACCACCCCACUGCCGGCAACCAGCAGGCAUGGGAGGACACCUUCCGCAAUUGGGAGGCAACUACUAAGUGGCUAGCAGUAUAUCCCAAGAGUAAAUCAGAUGAGAUGAUAAUGGGGGAAACACUUCACUCUCGCAGCCUUAGCGUCAUUAGCUAUAAGAGACGUACCCAAUCACAUCAGAGUACAAAUGAACAUGAAUUAGAGGAUCAAGUGAAUGAAUGGGCGAACAUGACAGGAUUCCUCUGUGCUCUAGGAAGCGUGUGUUUGUCAAACAGGGCAUGCCGUCCCAAUAGCAGCAUAGCGUCAAUCGCUGGAUCGACAACAACAAUAAACAGUACCAUGACCCAGACAACAGGCAUUGAUUCCCGGAAAAGUAGCGUCAUCACAACAAUGUCAAGUUUUUCAGCCGAGCAGUAUUGUCCAGUUACUCAGUUCAUCUGUAACUUGCUGAAACUUCUUGUUUGCCACAAUGAAAAGUUUGGCCCUCAAAUACAGAAACACGUAAAAGAGCUUGUGGGGCAUGAACUCAACCCAGCCAUCUAUCCAAUACUGUUUGACCAGAUCAAGCUUUGUGUGGAUAAGUUCUUCCUAGACCCAUCUCAACAGGUGAAUGUGAGUGAUGUCAACACACUCUUCAUAGAAAAUAUCAUCUUCAUCAAGAAGAAUAUCCUUGAGAACAAGACUGAUACACCAUGUGAACAUCUUGGUGUUGCUAGCAUAGAGCCACUUAUGCUGGCUAUAGUCAGGUAUGUGAGACACUUGGACUCCAGUAUCCAUGCUAUCCAAAUCAAGAUCAAGCUUUGUCAACUUGUCGAUGCUAUGAUGCAACGUCGUGAUGACCUAACAUUUAGACAGGAGAUGAAGUUCAGGAACAAGCUGGUUGAGUACUUAACAGACUGGGUGAUGGGGAACUCUCACCAGUUGAACAUUCAGGGAGAUGUAUGUCUAAUGUCAAGAGAUCUGGAUCAGGCUAGCAUGGAAGCAGUCGCAGCAUUGUUACAGAGUCUUCCCCUUCAGCCAGAAGAGAGUGAUCGCGGUGACCUAAUGGAGGCAAAAUCUCAACUAUUUCUCAAAUACUUUACAUUAUUCAUGAAUCUGCUAAAUGACUGUUCAGAAGAAGCUGAAGAGAAGUCAAUUGACCCAAACAGGAAACGAGCAAGCUCUAAUCUGACAGCUUUGCGUAACUGCACUGUCCUGGCAAUGUCAAACUUACUGAAUGCUAAUAUUGACAGUGGGCUCAUGCAUUCCAUAGGCCUAGGAUACCACAGGGACCCACAGACAAGGUCCGCCUUUAUGGAAGUGCUCACAAAGAUUUUACAACAGGGGACAGAAUUUGAGACAUUGGCAGAAACUGCCCUUGCAGAUCGAUUUGAAAGACUUGUGGAGCUUGUGACAAUGAUUGGUGAUAAGGGGGAACUCCCUAUAGCUAUGGCUCUAGCAAGCGUUGUAGCCACACCAAAUAUGGAUGAACUUGCAAGAGUUUUUGUGACGCUGUUUGAUGCUAAACAUCUUCUGUACCAACUGCUUUGGAACAUGUUCUCAAAGGAGGUUGAAAUAGCUGACUGUAUGCAGACACUCUUUAGAGGCAACAGCCUUGCAUCAAAGAUUAUGGCAUUCUGCUUCAAAAUCUAUGGCCAGGGGUAUCUUAGGGAGUUACUUAACCCUUUGAUUAUGGAGAUGUUCACCAAGGACAAACAGGGAGACUCCUAUGAGGUGGAUCCAGCUAGGCUCAGUGAACAUGAAAAUAUAGAGGACAACCGUCGCCAUCUACAAUUACUUACCCAGAAAGUCUUCAAUGCAAUCACAGCAUCUGCUGAGAGAAUCCCCUCCCAAGUGCGGACAAUGUGCCACUGCAUAUUUCAAGUCGUCUGUCAGAGGUUCCCUGGUAACAGUAUGGGAGCCCUGGGAACUAUGAUCUUUCUACGAUUCAUCAAUCCAGCCAUAGUGUCUCCAUGUGAAUCUGGGAUCAUUGACCAACAACCAACACCCAGAAUGAAACGUGGCCUGACACUGAUGUGCAAAAUCAUGCAGAAUAUAGCCAAUCAUGUGCAGUUCACCAAGGAGCAACAUAUGAGAUACUUCAACCAGUUUCUGCAGACAAACUUUGAUGCUGGUAGAAGAUUCUUCAUUGACAUAGCUUCAGACUGUGAGACCCUAGACAGUUCCAACCAUAGUAUGUCAUUCAUCAGUGAUGCCAAUGUUCUUGCCCUUCACAGACUGCUAUGGAUAAACCAGGAGAGGAUUGGAGACUAUCUGUCAAGUAGCCGAGACCACAAAGCUGUUGGACGAAGACCCUUUGACAAGAUGGCUACUUUACUGGCAUAUCUAGGCCCUCCCGAGCACAGACCUCUAGAUUCACAGUGGAGCAGUAUGGAUAUGACAAGUACAAAAUUUGAGGAGAUUAUGUCAAAACAUAACAUGCACGAGAAGGAUGAGUUCAAGUCGUUGAAAUCUCUGAAUAUUUUCUACCAGGCUGGAACAAGCAAACAAGGAAAUCCUGUCUUUUACUAUAUUGCUAGGAGAUACAAAGUUGGUGAGGUGAAUGGAGACCUUCUCAUCUACCAUGUGCUAUUGACCCUGAAACCAUUCUACCACAAACCAUUUGAACUAGUCAUAGAUUUCACACACACUUGCGCUGACAACAGGUUCAGGACUGAUUUCCUGUCCAAGUGGUUUGUAGUGAUGCCAGAGGUUGUUUAUCAGAAUAUCGUGUCUGCAUACAUCUAUAACUGCAACUCGUGGGUGCGGGAAUAUACCAAGUACCAUGAGCGAAUCCUCAGCCCUCUAAGAACAGGCCAGAACAACAGAAAGUUGAUAUUCAUUGACCAUCCAGCCAAGUUGUCAGAAUACAUCAAUGCAGACCACCAGAAGCUUCCAGGUGCAACACUGUCCCUUGAAGAAGACCUGAAAGUCUUCAUAAGUGCCCUGAAGCUUUCACAUAAAGACACCAAAGUUGCAAUCAAGGUUGGGCCAAAUGCAAUCCAAGUGACAUCUUCAGAGAAGAGCAAGGUCCUGGGACACUCUGUUCUCUUAAAUGAUGUAUACUACGCCUCAGAGAUAGAAGAGGUAUGUCUCGUAGAUGACAACCAAUUCACGCUGACAAUAUCCAAUGAGAGUGGACCACUGUCGUUCAUCCACAAUGACUGUGAUAGUAUUGUCCAAGCUAUCAUUCACAUCAGGACCAGAUGGGAACUCUCACAACCAGAUUCAGUCACUGUUCAUACAAAGAUCCGCCCAAAGGAUGUUCCUGGAACUUUGCUAAAUGUGGCUCUCUUGAAUCUAGGAAGUUCUGACCCAAGUCUCAGAUCCGCAGCUUACAAUCUCCUGUGUGCGCUCACACAGACUUUUGAUCUCAGAAUAGAGGGCCAACUGCUAGAGACCUCUGGUCUGUGUAUCCCAUCCAACAACACAAUCUUCAUCAAGACCAUAAGUUCCAAACUGGCAGCAAAUGAGCCUCACUUGACCCUUGAGUUCCUGGAGGAAUGCAUCCAAGGAUUUAGGAACUCUAACAUUGAGAUGAAGCACUUGUGUCUGGAGUAUAUGACCCCUUGGUUGCCGAAUCUCACUAGGUUCUGUAAGCAUAGUGAUGACAAUAAACGCCAAAAGGUGUCUCUGAUCCUUGACAAGCUCAUUACCAUGACAAUAGAUGAGGUGGAAAUGUACCCCUCCAUACAAGCCAAGAUCUGGGGCAAUAUUGGGCAGGUGUCUGACCUGCUUGACAUGGUGCUAGACAGUUUCAUAAAACGUAGUUUGACGGGUGGUCUUGGCUCAAUACAGGCUGAGAUAAUGGCAGACACAGCAGUCGCACUCGCCUCUGCCAAUGUACAACUUGUCUCCAGUAAAGUAAUAGGUAGAUUGUGCAAGUUGAUUGACAAAACAUGUAUGACUCCAACUUCUACACUGGAACAGCAUCUCAUGUGGGAAGACAUUGCAAUCUUAGCAAGAUAUCUCCUCAUGUUGUCAUUCAACAAUUCACUGGAUGUUGCUAGUCAUUUGCCAUUCCUGUUUCACAUUGUGACGUUGCUAGUAGCAACAGGUCCCCUAUCUCUGCGGGCGUCUACCCACGGUCUAGUCAUCAAUAUCAUACACUCCCUGUGUACAUGCUCAGAUUUCACAGAGGAAACUGUUCGAAUCCUAAAGCUGAGCUUGACUGAAUUCUCUCUUCCAAAGUUCUAUACCUUAUUUGGUAUUAGCAAGGUGAAAUCUGCAGCUGUCAGUGCCUUCAGAUCCACCUAUAGGCCGGGAGAUAAAUCAUUCUCGUACCUGCCCCCAGAGCAGGAGAGGCUUUCUCUGUUGUCAUUGGAGACGCUGACUGAUGCCCUGCUAGAGAUAAUGGAGGCCUGUAUGAGCAAUAGGAGGAACUGUGAAUGGUUGCAGCAAUGGACAGAAUUAGCCAAGAGAUUUGCCUUCCAAUACAACCCAGCCCUCCAACCCAGGGCAGUGAUAGUUUACGGGUGCAUCAGUAAAACUGUGACAGACUCUGAGAUCAAACAGUUAUUGAGGAUCCUGGUCAAGGUGGAUUUUGCGCUGGAGUCCUACACAGAUCUGACUCUGAUUGAUGCCAUAGUGAUGUGUCUCACAAGGCUUCAGCCCUUAUUACACCAGGAUUCCCCUAUACACAGACAUCUAUUCUGGGUGGCUAUAUCUGUGCUACAGCUAGAUGAAGUGUCCCUUUAUGCCUCGGGGCUAGCACUCUUAGAGCAGAAUUUACAUACACUAGACAGCCAGAAGGUCUUUGACAAUCAGACUUUGGAGCAGAUUAUGAUGACAACGAGGGAACCUUUGGAGUGGUUCUUCAAACAGUUGGACCAUUCAAUGGGACUAAGCUUCAAAGAUAACUUCAACUUUGCCACAGUUGGACAUUUGCUGAAAGGUAGUUUUAGGCACCCUAGCUCCAACACAGCAUCAAGAACUGUAAGAGUGCUGAACAUGUUACUGUCAAUUGUGGCCAAGUCUUACAAGAGAGAUAAGUUUGAAGUAACUCCUCAGAGUGUUCCAUACCUCGCAGCGCUCGUGUCAGUGUCAGAGGAGGUUCGCAGUAGAUGUCACCUUCAGCACGCAGUAGGUACCACACUCCCAGAAUCCUGUUCUAAUGACAGCAUUAGUGUAGACCUGGCAGCACCUGUCAUUCAAAUCACAAGUGGGAGUGGCCAACCUAUUCCACUCCCCGCCCCUUCAGGUCAAGCCACGCCUCUCACUCGCAGACAAAAGAGCUGGGAUCAGUUGGACCAGAGUGCAAUGCAAAGUGCCCGAGUACCCAGAAAUCAACACUUGCAACAAGUCCAGGUAAACAACUCCAAAAAUUGGCUGCAAUCAAAAAGUCUCGAUUCAGACCCAACUCCCAUCAUGCAACCGACAGUCCCGAGUUCCAAUAGCUCUAGUGGAGGCGGCACCACCCCAACAAGCUCCGGAUCAGCAAUGCGGCCUCUAUUUAAAACACAACGGAGCAGCUCGAUGCCAACUCCAAAGACACAGAAAAGUAUGGAAGUUCCCGGGGGUGUUAAAGAGGGUGAUAUACCAAAAGAUCGGGCUGCCAGGGGAUCAACGUCAAACGAGAGUAACAUCUUGCUUGAUCCUGAGAUCUUAGUGGAUUAUCCAACUCAGGCGUUGCUACUUACUGUUCUUGCCACGCUAGUUCGUAAUACGACAGAUGAAAAUGAGGCUAGAAUCUUGUAUGAAUAUUUAGCUGAAGCAUCAGUGGUUUUCCCAAAGGUUUUCCCAGUCAUCCAUUCUCUACUUGAUGCCAAGAUUAACAGUGUAUUGAACCUUUGCCAUGACCAGGUGAUCCUUAAUGCUGUCCAAAGCAUCAUACAGAACAUGAUUGCCAAUGAGGAGGCCCAACAACAGCUCUCUUACUUGCAGAGUAUAGGCUUUGGGGGACUUUGGAGAUUUGCAGGCCCUUUUACUAAGACGCCACAGAAUCAGGAGAAUACACAGUUAUUUGUCAAUUGCCUGGAGGCGAUGGUUGAAACCUGUUUGCCUGGAGAUGACCUGGACAUGCAUAAUCCCUACCCCAGUUCACUAGGGAUAAACUCUCAACUGAAUCUAUCUAGCUCUGUCUCUAGUUCAAGUUUUGGCAGCUUACAUUCCCAAGAAAUUCCUGAUAUUAAAAGCCAUAAAAGUUUAGACAGUAAACCUACACCACAAAAUCAGGACAAUGCGGAGUUAUUUGUCAACUGCCUGGAGGCGAUGGUUGAAACCUGUUUGCCUGGAGAUGACCUUGACAUGCAUAACCCCUAUCCCAGUUCACUAGGGAUAAACUCGCACCUGAAUCUAUCUAGCUCAAUGUCAAGUUUGAGCAUCGGAAGUAUGCAUUCUCCAACUGACAAAGAGAAUGCAGAGAAUUCUGGGGCUAAUGGUACAAGAUUGCGUCAUGCAUCUAAUCCAAUCGGGAAAGGUCGGGCUGGGAGUUUUAAGCGCAAGGGGAGCAAAAAGAAGCCUAUAGACUUUGAAUAGAGUGUUGAAGUUAAUAGUAUUUAAUUUAAAGAUGAUAUACAGUAUAAAUAAGAUCAGUGAAUGAUAUACUUGUGUGCUUUAUAUUUUAAAAGAAAGGGGUAAGCCAACUCUGAAAUGUGUCAAAGCAAUGUGCAUUUUGGGACUGAAAUGUGUUGUACCCAUGUGCAUUUUGGGGAUGUUUUACCUCUUUGGAGAUUUUAUUUAAAAUGGAU